CCCAUUCCUCCGAACACACCAACUUCUCCCCACAACAACAACUCACCUUCAUUCGGUACAACUUCUUACUGCGAAUUCACGAUAUAAGGACAGAUGCAGACACGACGAUAGCAACAACUCUUUCCUAGUGCGCCUGCACGUUUAGAAUUGCCCGCCGCAAGUUACCGAGGCUCGAAUCGGCAGAAUGUCAGGAAUUGAAGGUCUCAAGAAAGUACUUGAGAGUAUUAUUCUAAAUCCGAAAUAUGCUCCUUUCCUUGCUGUGCUGAAAGCAGCUCGCAAUGGCGCUGUCUACGGCGCCAAAGUCAGAUUUCCACACGCGCUGGUCAUGAUAUUCUUGUUUCGGUCAGGCACUGUGCAGGAGAAAAUGAAGCUCAUUUUCCGCGCGACGAGAACACAUGCCCAUAAUCUGGCGAAAUAUGCAUCGAUAUACAAGGCGACGAUGUUACUUCUGAGAUACAUGGGCUCUGAGCCUGGGAAAGAGGGACCGUACGAUACAUUCUUUGCGGGACUACUUGGUGGGUAUGUGGUGUUUGGACGGAGGUCGAAGAGAGGGCAUAUUUCGAGUGUGAGCAAGCAGAUUGUUAUUUUUGUGUUCGCACGAGUCGUUCUGUCGUUGGCGGAACUAUCGAUUCGACCAAGCGCGGGAAUUAUAAGAAAUAACGAACUCUCGAAACGGAUAGGCCAUGAUGCAUGGCCUGUGUUUGCCGCAGUGAGCUGGGCGAGUGUUAUGUGGCUAUUUAGAUGGUAUCCCGAUACACUGCAGAGCGGACUGAGAAGCAGUAUGGACUACAUUUAUGUGCAGAGUGAUCAUUGGGAUGGUUUGAGGAAUUUCUUGGUUUACAACAAGUAGGGAGGGACCAUGCUUUCCAAGCAAGGGGAGAGCUGCUCGAUAUUCUAUGGAGCCAGGCAUGGAUGGGACGGAUAGACAGGCUGGAGGCCUCUUGCAUAUCGGUGGGAUGGAGGCUGCAUUUGUAGACUAGAAGAUCUCAUGGCACAGGAAAUUAUAGUAUAUUCAACGAAACCUUCGAGUUGAGGGGUUCCUUUCUCUCUCUCUCGAAUUUCAUUGUUGGCGAA